AAGUACAUAUGGACGGGUCAUAUGUGUGCGGUGGCGGCCUACGGCGUGUGUGGGACGGAGCUGUGGACUCUGCUGCUCAACGCUCUCCGCUGCAACACUAAAGUUCUGCUGAGGCUUGUCAGAUACGCCGUCCCAGUGGCCAUGAUCGCCUGCCUGUAUUACAAGUUCUGGCCCAAGCUGAUGGAGGAGGUCUCAGAACUGAGGGAGUUUUAUGAUCCAGACACUGUGGAGCUCAUGACCUGGAUUAGCACAAAGACCCCUAAGAGGGCCGUGUUUGCAGGCAGCAUGCAGCUGCUGGCCGGUGUCAAGCUGUGCACAGGCCGAGUUCUCACCAACCACCCCCAUUAUGAAGAUAAAGACCUGCGGGAGAGGACCAAACAGGUGUAUCAGGUGUACGGUCGGCGGUCCCCCGAGGAGGUCUACGACAUCCUGAGAGCCACCGGGGCCGACUACGUGGUUCUGGAAAACAGCAUCUGUUACGAGCGGAGACACAGACGAGGCUGCAGACUGAGAGACCUGCUCGACCUGAACAACGGACAUGUUAUGGACGGGCCGGGAGAGAACGACCCCGACCUCGUCCCCGCCUCCCACCCUCGAUUCUGCGAAGCCAUCCAGACGGAGGACGCGGCCUACUCGGCCCUUUUCACCAGAACAUUUCAAAACAAAACCUUCCACGUGUACAGAGUCAAGAAGAAACGCAAGAAAGGCUCCAAGACAUCGUCAGAGGCCAGCGGGACUCAGUAGCAGGAAAGUAAA